AUGUGCUUCACCUUUUCUCGAUUGUUUGCUUUCUAUCUUACAAGUGUAAUAAUCAACGAACGUUCUUUUCUUCUUUUGUUAUUUCUCUCUUCUUUCUUUUUCUCUUUCGUUCUUUCUUUCUUUCUUUCUUUCUUUCUUUCUUUAUUUGUUUAUUUAUUUGUUUAUGUAUUUAUGACACAUCUGUUCAUCACUACUCUGAUAGAUUGCAUUUUUUGUUGCUCACUUCCCAUCUUAGAAAUCUUUCCAUUCUCCCUCUUUUAUUGUUUUUCCUUCCUUCCGCCCUUCCUCCCUUCCUUCCUUCUAUUCUUCCUUCCUUCUUUCCUUCCCCCCUCCCAUUCUUUCUUCCUUCCAUUCUUCCUUCUUUCCUGCCUUCCUUCCUUCCGCCCUUCCAUUCUUCCUUUCUUCCUUCUGUCCUUCUAUUCUUCCUUCCUUCUAUUCUUCCUUCCUUCUUUCCUUCCCCCCUCCCAUUCUUCCUUCCUUCCAUUCUUCCUUCUUUCCUGCCUUCCUUCCUUCCGCCCUUCCAUUCUUCUUCCUUCCUUCCUUCCCCUUCUAUUCUUCCUUCCUUCUAUUCUUCCUUCCUUCUUUCCUUCCCCCCUCCCAUUCUUCCUUCCUUCCAUUCUUCCUUCUUUCCUGCCUUCCUUCCUUCCGCCCUUCCAUUCUUCCUUCCUUCCUUCUGUCCUUCCAUUCUUCCUUCCUUCUGCCCUUCCCUCUGCCCUUCCUUCCUUCCUCCCUUACUUCCUUCCGUCCUUUCUUCCUCCCUUACUUCCUUCCGUCCUUUCUUCCUCCCUUCCUUCCUUCCGCCCUUCCAUUCUUCCUUCUUUCCUUCCUUCCGCCCUUCCUUCCUUCUUUCCUUUCUUCCAUUCUUCCUUCCUUCCAUCUUUGCUUCCUUCCUUCCGCCCUUCCUUCUUUCCUUCCCUCCGCCCUUUCUUCUUUCCUUCCCUCCGCCCUUCCUCCCGCCCUUCCUCCCUUAUUGUCUUUCAUUUCUUCCUGCUUUAUUGUAUUUCUUUACUCCCUUCCAUCCUCUCUUCCUUCUUUAUUUUCUGUCUUUGCAUCCAUCCUCCCUUCUUUAUUGCAUUUUCUUUCUUCAUUCAUUAUUCUCUUUCUUUCCUUCCUUCCUUCCUUCCUUCCUUCCUUCCUUCCUCCCUUCCUUCCUUCCUCCCUUCCUUCAUUAUUGUCUUUCCUUUCUUCCUUCCUUCCUUCCUUCAUUAUUGUCUUUCCUUUCUUCCUGUCUUCCUUCUUUAUUGUCUUUCUUUCUUUCUUUCCUUCCUUCCUUCCUGCUUUAUAGUCUUUCCUUUCUUUCUUUCUUUCCUUCCUUCCUUAUUGUCCUUCCUUCCUUCUUUACCUCCUUCCUCCCUUCCUUCCUAUUGCAUUUCCUUCCUUCCUUUCUUCAUUCCUGCUUUCAUUCUUUUUUUUUUACUUCUUUUUUCUAUUUCUUUCCUUCCUUCCUUCAUUUCUUUCUUUCUCUGUGUAUGCGAGAGAUGCAGACAUUCCCUUAAACAAUAG